GUCACUGCUGAGUCUGAUGGUGUCAACCAAGACUGGCUAUCCCGUAUACGAAGGAAGCUAUGGCAAAUAAUUUGCGCAUUUUGUGCGUUCGAGCUCGAUCGACAGUGAUGAGGCGAUAGUUGCGCGAGUUGUGAGGCACAAGAAACCUUCGCUCACAUGCAGAUAAAUCGAAAUAUGCAAAACGGCGAGUCAUAAAAUAAGAAAGAUGCGCCGUCAAAAGUUACAUACUAAAUAGUGUUUCCGAGACUGAAAUCAGAAUUCUUAUAUGCGAUGGACACCAAAAGGUGCUCCUGGGCAAAUCAUCGCUGUACCCUCCAGGGGCCAGGCGGAGCGGUGGGUUGUAGAGAUGUGCCGUAAAAAAAAUUAGAAGCCCCUCGCUCCGGUCGGGAAAUUGGAAGCUACUCGCUCCGCUCGGGGGAAUAAGUUAAAUUAGAAAUAUGUUGUAAACUCGUAUUUCCAUAUCAUUCUGAUACGGUGUUAUUUCAACGUUAUAUUUUAUUUUCUCGUGUCUAGUUUUUGAGGGAAUAUUUUCAUAGAAGCACACACACACACACACACACACACACACAACGGACAAACCGUACUUUAUUUUCACAUACCCACACACAAACCAUGGAUGAACAGGAACAGUAUUAAUUUCACUUCACAACCAUUUAACUGACGUCACAAGGUAGACAACAAGACGCUCACGCCACCAGCUCCACAUCAGUUCACAGCUGGCCUCCACGCAGUCCAGACCUCUCCUGCUCCAGUUAGUUUUUCACCUUUCACCGACUUUUUCCACGUAGCCUGACCGAUGUCGGACCAGAACGAGGCUCACGGAACGCCAAGGCGUUCGUCAUCGUCGUCCUCUGAGAAGAAGAGACGUGAGAAAGACUCUGUGCCUUUACCGGCCAGUAAAAGGAGGGCCACCCAGGACACGGGAGUGAAGGACGGCCCGAGUCAACCACGGCCCGAGUGUGGUUCACCACCAGCUGUGGCCGGCCCAAGUCGCGCCAACACAACAACUGAGUGCUCGUCUGGCGGUGAAACUAUCAACCGGCUAUCUGCAUUGUUGAGUGAUUUAAUUGAAAAACUCGACAAUAACCCAGUACGGGAAGAUGAGCCUUACGAUAACUGUGAAAAUAUUCGUGGCCUUCAUGACAUUUCCUCGUCUGAGGAAGACGCCACAGUAAAUUCAGUGGGUUUGCUUGACCCUUUGGAUGAACUGGACACGUUCCACUCCAUGCCUGCGUCCCAAGACUGUGAUGAGGUUGAUUUUCUUAAGGCAUUAGGGGAAUUCUCAGGUCUUUUCCAUAGUGAGGAACAGAAAGGAGAGCCCCUCUCUGAGCGCUUGGCCUCCAUCCUGAACUUGAGUUUGAGACGUCGACCCUCCGCUGAAGGUAUAAAAUCUACUUGUGAAAAAAUCAAGCUCCCAAGCAAUGUGCCAAACCUAAAAGUUCCGGUGACCAACGCUGCUGUUUCCAAAGCGAUGAGUUUUGGUGGAAAAUUGAUUGACGCCAAGCUUACUCAAACUAAUGGCCUGAUCUCAAAAGCUUUAGUUCCUAUUGCACUGUGCAUAAGCGAUAUCGGGGAAAAGAAAGGAAAAAAUAUAAAUUCAUACUUAGAUGGACUAAACAUGAGUCUUAGACUGUUAUUAAUUACAUUAAUCAACUACGGAAAGAAGUUGCACGGCUCCAUGUUCACGACUCUGCCUUGGCCGAGCUUUGCAAGUGGGAGUAUGAGGUUGGACAAGAUGCUCUUUUUCCGUUUGAUGUGACUAAGAAAUGCGAGGAAAUACAUAAAACAAAGAAACUGGGAAGGCCUACAUACCGUCCUUACAAGUCUUCUGGGAGAAGGUAUGCUUCAAACAAGCAAACUAGGCGGCCCUAUCAGGUUUCCUCGCAUUCUCGGCUACAUAACCAGCCAAGGCCUUUUUUAGGCCAGAAGCAUCCCCAGGGGAGAGGGAUGCAUUUACCAAAACUCCACCAAUAAGCCACCCCAGGGUGAGUACUGUUUUACCCCCAAUGAUUAAUACUCCAGAUAAUUUUAAGGGAGGUAAAAUUUUUUAUGCCAGUUCAGUAUGGGGAUCACUCACAAAGGACAUUUUUAUUCACAAUGUGGUACAUGGUAAAUUUCUGGAUUUUGCCAGUCUACCCAGCCAGAAUAAUCCACCUAGCCCUUUGAAAUUGUCAACAGCUGAUAGCCAUGCCCUGGAUAUUGCUCUUUCAUUGUUCCUUAAACAACAAAUAAUUGAACGAUGUGAGCCAGAGAAGCAUGGGUUCUUUUCUAAUGUGUUCCCUAUUACUAAAAUUGACGGUACUACUAGAGUCAUCCUCAACCUCUAGGAACUUAAUAAUCAUAUUACUCAUAUCCAUUUUAAAUUAGAUACUCUAAAGGAUGUGAUACAGUUAAUUCAUCCACACUGUUUUUUCAUUACCAUGGAUCUUAAAGAUGCUUAUUUUUCAGUUUUUGUUAAGCCAGAGGAUAGAAAAUGGUUACAGUUUAUGUGGAAAGAUCAGUUCUUUCGUUUCACUUGUCUACCACAAGGUUUGACGUCAGCCCCUCGUAUUUUUACGAAAUUACUGAAGCCUGCCCUAUCGCAUCUUAGAAAACGUGGAAUAUUGGUUGUAUGCUAUCUGGAUGACUGUAUUUUCAUUGCAGAGUCGGAAGAGGAAUUAACAAGGGAUGCACACUAUGCCAUGCAGUUUUUUGACUCUUUGGGGCUCACGAUAAAUGUAAAGAAAUCAGUUCUGGAACCCACACAGGAAAUUACUUUUCUUGGGGUUGUGCUGAACUCUGUUGCUAUGACGGCCGCUUUGCCUCCUGUUAAGAAAGACCGCAUAAAGACGCAAGGUCGGCUUCUAUUGAAGGGGGAAGUUACCUUGCUUGACUUGUCCUCUUUCAUUGGUUUGGCCGUGGCCUCGGAUCCUGCUAUAGAAUUGGCCCCACUUAGAUACAAAUAUCUCGAAAUUUUUCGUAACAGAGAACUUGCCAGAUACCAUGGAAAUUAUAAUUCAAAAAUUAUUCUGGAUGAUCAUGCCCGGGAAUUAAUCCAAUGGUGGAUUGAAAGUGUAGAUUAUCAGGUUAAAUCAUUACGAUCCUCUUCCCCCCAACUGGUUAUGUUCUUGGAUGCUUCCCUGACAGGUUGGGGUGCAGUCAUGGGAGACGUUAAGACAGGUGGUCACUGGGCGUAUAGGGAGUUGGAUCAUAUCAACUGCUUAGAAUUAAAAGCCAUUCUCUUGGGUUUAAAGUCCCUUUGUAAAGAUAUCAGGGGAACACAUAUCCGCCUUCGCUCGGAUAAUUCCACUACAGUUGCCUGUAUUGAACGUUGUGGUAGUAGUAAACCUUACCUUAAUUCAUUAAUUGAACAAAUUUUUGCAUGGGCUGAGUCAAGGGGGAUUACCCUAUCGGCACAGUAUGUAAAAGGGUUACGUAAUGUUGAAGCAGACAGAGUCCAGAGUUACGAAUUUGGAUGGUGAAUGGAUGUUACACCCUCGUGUUUUCAAUAGACUUUGCCAACUUUUUUAUACACCGGAUGUGGAUCUCUUUGCUACACGAAUUAAUGCACAAGUGCCUGCCUACGUCUCCUGGAAACCAGAUCCAUCUGCCACACACAUUAAUGCCUUCACACUGCCCUGGUCAAAUGGAAAUUUUUACGCUUUCCCGCCUUUCAGGAUCAUCUCAAGAGUCUUGAAGAAACUCCAAGAAGACGAGGCACCAAUACUGAUGAUAUUCCCACUGUGGCCGACCCAGUUUUGGUUCCCCAAAGCUCUCCAGCUAAUGGCAGCAGUUCCCGUUCUUCUCCCCAAAAAUUCCCUAGUUCUUCCACAACAUCCUACUCAACGCCAUCCACAGGCUCAGAGGUCGGCCUCAUCCAGUAAGGCAGCCCUGAAACUGCCGCUGUCCACUAUUAUAUCAACCAUUGGAUGGGCCAAGGAGUCAACUUUCACUAAGCAUUAUCAAAAACCUAUCAACAAAGGUGGUCAGUUUGCCAGGGCAGUUUUGUCAUAAGUUAUGUAUGACCCUGCCUUGUGAAAAUGUUUAUUUUUGUAUGCAAUUUUACGUUUGCUACUGUUGUUAACAUUGAGUACACAUUAGGAUAAUACUUGUUAUUAUACCGUUAUAAUAGGUAUAAUUUUUAUUUGGUUGUUUUCAACUUUUGUACACGCCAGGGAGGCGCAUCACACAUUGUUAAUAAAUUGGGUU